UGAAAGUAAUCUCUCAAUUUAGGUACUCUCCAGAUGAGCUGCGAUAUUUGCCAUUAAACACAGCCCUGUACGAGCCCCCCCUGGACCCCGAGCUCCCUGCACUAGAUAGCGAUGGUGACUCUGAUGACGCUGAAGAUGGUCGAGGUGAUGAGAAGAGGAAAAACAGAGGCACUUCGGACAGCUCCUCGGGCAACGUGUCUGAAGGGGACAGCCCUCCUGACAGCCAGGAGGACUCCUUCCCAGGAAGACCAAAGUCAAAAGACAAAGCGGCCACUCCACGAAAAGAGGGCUCCAAACGCUCUGUACUGUCCAAAUCAGUUCCUGGGUACAAGCCAAAGGUCAUUCCAAAUGCUCUAUGUGGAAUUUGUCUGAAGGGUAAGGAGUCCAACAAGAAAGGAAAGGCUGAAUCACUUAUACACUGCUCCCAGUGUGAGAACAGUGGCCAUCCUUCUUGCUUGGACAUGACCAUGGAGCUUGUUUCUAUGAUUAAGACCUACCCAUGGCAGUGUAUGGAAUGUAAGACAUGCAUUAUAUGUGGACAGCCCCACCACGAAGAAGAAAUGAUGUUCUGUGAUGUGUGUGACAGAGGUUAUCAUACUUUUUGUGUGGGCCUUGGUGCUAUUCCAUCAGGUCGCUGGAUUUGUGACUGUUGUCAGCGAGCUCCCCCAACACCCAGGAAAGUGGGCAGAAGGGGGAAAAACAGCAAAGAGGGAUAGAUUUCUUUUUUUUUUUUUUACCCUAAUGUUGUAUUUGCACUUAAGUGGAAUAUUUAGUACCAGUUUAUUUACAUUUUCAUUUUUAUGCCAAUAAAAGAUUUCUGAAAUCAA